AUCAUGCACUGCAGCGUCUGUGUUGCAGUGUUGAGGCAGCAGGAUGCAGAGUGCUGUUCAAGUUUUCCAGUGGGGUCCCUCAAAGGGACAACUUUGAAAGAUAGCUAGCUUCUAAAGAAUAAGAAAUAGAUAGUUACUGUACCUGACUUGGGGCUGCUGUUAAUCAAGUGCUGCAUUGCAAGGAAGAUAAUAUUCAAGCGUUAUGAAGGCGGAGAAGGAUCCUGAAGACGAAGAAAAUAUCGUUAGAGAUCCAAGCUAAGUGUAGCACAGCAUGUGAGGGACUGAGUCACUUGUCAGGAGUUUGUCUGAGGGUUUGCUUUGUGAGCUUACAGAGAUUUGUAACUUAAUGCAAAGUAGUUUGCCAUUAGCAACAAGAAACUAAAUCCUGUCUAUGAUGAACUGUUGGUUUUCUUGUGCUCCUAAGAACAGACAUGCAGCAGAUUGGAAUAAAUAUGAUGACCGAUUGAUGAAAGCAGCAGAAAGGGGGGAUGUAGAAAAAGUGUCCUCAAUCCUUGCUAAAAAGGGGGUCAAUCCAGGCAAACUAGAUGUGGAAGGCAGAUCUGCCUUCCAUGUUGUGGCCUCAAAGGGGAAUCUUGAGUGUUUAAAUGCCAUCCUUAUACAUGGAGUUGAUAUUACAACCAGCGACACUGCAGGGAGAAAUGCUCUUCACCUGGCUGCUAAGUAUGGACAUGCAUUGUGCCUACAAAAACUUCUACAGUACAAUUGUCCCACUGAGCAUGCAGACCUGCAGGGAAGAACUGCACUUCACGAUGCAGCAAUGGCAGAUUGUCCUUCUAGCAUACAGCUGCUUUGUGACCAUGGGGCCUCUGUGAAUGCCAAAGAUGUAGAUGGGCGGACACCACUUGUUCUGGCUACUCAGAUGAGUAGGCCAACAAUAUGUCAACUGCUGAUAGAUAGAGGAGCGGAUGUUAAUUCCAGAGACAAACAAAACAGAACUGCCCUCAUGCUAGGUUGCGAAUAUGGUUGCAGAGAUGCAGUAGAAGUCUUAAUUAAAAAUGGUGCUGAUAUAAGCUUGCUGGAUGCGCUUGGCCAUGAUAGUUCUUACUAUGCAAGAAUUGGUGACAAUCUGGACAUUCUAACCUUGUUGAAGACUGCAUCGGAAAAUACCAACAAAGGGAGAGAACUUUGGAAGAAAGGACCAUCUUUGCAACAGCGAAAUUUGACACACAUGCAAGAUGAAGUAAAUGUGAAGUCACAUCAGAGGGAGCUUCAAAAUAUUCAGGAUUUGGAGAUUGAAAAUGAAGAUUUGAAAGAGAGGUUGAGAAAAAUUCAGCAAGAACAACGAAUACUUUUGGAUAAAGUCAACGGUUUACAGUUACAGCUGAAUGAGGAAGUUAUGGUUGCUGAUGAUCUGGAAAGCGAGAAAGAAAAGCUGAAGUCCCUUUUGGCAGCUAAAGAAAAGCAACAUGAAGAAAGCUUAAGGACUAUUGAGGCCCUGAAAAAUAGAUUUAAAUAUUUUGAGAGUGAUCAUUUAGGAUCAGGAAGUCAUUUCAGUAACCGAAAAGAAGAUAUGCUUCUUAAACAAGGUCAGAUGUAUAUGGCAGACUCACAGUGUACUUCCCCAGGUAUACCAGCCCAUAUGCAAAGCAGAUCUAUGUUAAGACCUCUGGAGCUAUCUUUACCCAGUCAAACAUCAUACUCCGAAAAUGAAAUUUUAAAGAAAGAGUUAGAAGCAAUGCGAACUUUCUGUGAGUCAGCAAAACAAGACCGACUGAAGCUCCAAAAUGAACUGGCACACAAAGUGGCAGAAUGCAAAGCUUUAGCAUUAGAAUGUGAAAGGGUCAAGGAGGAUUCAGAUGAACAGAUAAAGCAAUUAGAAGAUGCAUUAAAAGAUGUGCAGAAGAGGAUGUAUGAGUCAGAAGGUAAAGUUAAACAAAUGCAGACCCAUUUUCUUGCCCUUAAAGAACACUUAACAAGUGAAGCAGCCUCAGGGAAUCACAGACUAACCGAGGAACUGAAGGAUCAGUUGAAAGACAUGAAAGCAAAAUAUGAAGGUGCUUCAGCAGAAGUGGGGAAAUUAAGAAACCAAAUCAAACAAAAUGAGAUGAUAGUGGAAGAGUUUAAGAGGGAUGAAGGCAAGCUGAUAGAAGAAAAUAAGCGAUUACAGAAGGAACUUAGUAUGUGUGAAAUGGAGCGAGAGAAGAAAGGAAGAAAGGUCAAAGAGAUGGAAGGCCAGGCAAAAGAAUUGUUAGCAAAGUUGGCCCUUUCCAUUCCAGCCGAAAAAUUUGAAAACAUGAAGAGUUCAUUAUCAAAUGAAGUGAAUGAGAAAGCAAAAAAAUUAGUAGAAAUGGAAAGAGAACAUGAAAAAUCACUUAGUGAAAUUAGACAGUUAAAGAGAGAACUUGAGAAUGUUAAGGCCAAACUUGCUCAGCACAUCAAACUAGAGGAACAUGAACAGGUUAAGAGCAGAUUAGAACAGAAAUCAGGAGAACUUGGGAAGAAGCUCACUGAGUUAACACUGAAAAAUCAGUCACUACAAAAGGAAAUUGAAAAAGUUUAUCUGGAUAAUAAGCUCCUCAAGGAGCAAGCACAUAACUUAACAAUUGAAAUGAAAAAUCAUUAUGUUCCUUUAAAAGUAAGUGAAGACAUGAAAAAAUCACAUGAUGCAAUUAUUGAUGAUCUUAAUAGAAAGCUUUUAGAUGUAACACAAAAAUAUACAGAAAAGAAGCUGGAAAUGGAGAAAUUGCUACUGGAAAAUGACAGCUUAAGUAAGGAUGUGAACCGCCUAGAAACUGUGUUUGUACCUCCUGAGAAACAUGAAAAAGAGAUAACAGCUCUGAAAUCCAAUAUUGUUGAACUUAAGAAACAACUGUCUGAACUUAAGAAAAAAUGUGGUGAAGACCAGGAGAAAAUACAUGCUCUCACGUCUGAAAACAGUAACUUGAAGAAGAUGAUGAGUAAUGAGUAUGUGCCAGUUAAAACCCAUGAAGAGAUUAAAAUGACACUGAAUAGCACAUUAGCUAAAACUAACAAAGAAUUAUUAGAUGUGAAGAAAAAAUUUGAAGAUAUAAAUCAGGAAUUUGUAAAAAUAAAAGAUAAGAAUGAAAUAUUAAAAAGAAACCUGGAAAACACUCAGAACCAAAUAAAAGCUGAGUACAUCAGCCUGGCAGAGCACGAGGCAAAGAUGAGCUCGCUAAGUCAGAGCAUGAGAAAGGUGCAGGAUAGUAAUGCUGAAAUAUUGGCCAACUACAGAAAAGGCCAAGAAGAGAUUGUGACACUGCAUGCCGAAAUUAAAGCCCAGAAGAAGGAACUCGACACAAUACAAGAAUGCAUUAAGGUAAAAUACGCCCCAAUUGUCAGCUUUGAGGAGUGCGAGAGAAAAUUUAAAACAACAGAGAAAGAACUAAAAGACCAGUUAUCAGAGCAGACACAGAAGUAUAGUGUCAGUGAAGAAGAAGUCAAGAAAAACAAGCAAGAGAAUGACAGGUUAAAGAAGGAGAUUUUUACCCUUCAGAAAGAUUUGAGGGAUAAGACAGUUCUCAUUGAGAAGUCUCAUGAAAUGGAAAGAGCAUUAAGCAGAAAAACAGACGAGCUAAACAAACAGUUAAAAGACUUGUCACAGAAAUAUGCAGAAAUAAAGAAUGUGAAAGAGAAGCUAGUAGAAGAAAAUGCCAAACAGACUUCUGAGAUACUUGCGGUGCAAAAUCUUUUGCAAAAACAACAUGUUCCAUUGGAACAAGUUGAGGCUCUGAAAAAAUCUCUUAAUGGCACAAUUGAAAAUCUAAAGGAAGAAUUGAAGAAUAUGCAAAGGUGUUAUGAGAAAGAGCAGCAGACAGUGACCAAACUGCAUCAGUUGUUGGAGAAUCAAAAGAACUCUUCUGUACCCCUGGCAGAGCAUUUGCAGAUUAAAGAAGCAUUUGAGAAAGAAGUUGGAAUCAUAAAAGCUAGCUUGAGAGAAAAGGAAGAAGAAAGCCAAAACAAAAUGGAAGAAGUCUCCAAACUUCAGUCUGAGGUUCAGAAUACUAAACAAGCAUUAAAAAAAUUAGAGACAAGAGAGGUAGUUGAUUUGUCUAAAUAUAAAGCAACAAAAAGUGAUUUGGAGACACAGAUUUCCAGUUUAAAUGAAAAAUUGGCCAAUCUGAAUAGAAAGUAUGAGGAAGUAUGUGAGGAAGUUUUACAUGCCAAGAAGAAGGAAAUAUCUGCAAAAGAUGAGAAGGAAUUACUGCAUUUCAGCAUUGAGCAAGAAAUCAAGGAUCAGAAGGAACGAUGUGAUAAAUCCUUAACAACAAUCACAGAGUUGCAAAGAAGAAUACAAGAAUCUGCUAAACAAAUAGAAGCAAAAGAUAAUAAGAUAACUGAACUGCUUAAUGAUGUGGAAAGACUAAAACAAGCACUCAAUGGCCUUUCCCAACUCACCUACACAAGUGGGAACCCCACCAAGAGGCAGAGCCAGCUGAUUGACACUCUGCAGCACCAAGUGAAAUCUCUGGAGCAACAGCUGGCUGAUGCUGACAGACAGCAUCAAGAAGUAAUUGCAAUUUAUCGGACACACCUUCUUAGUGCUGCACAGGGUCACAUGGAUGAAGAUGUUCAGGAGGCUCUGCUCCAGAUCAUACAAAUGCGGCAGGGGCUUGUGUGCUAGCACUUAGCACUGACGGCCAGUAUCUGUUUUAUCUUGCUGGUGCUGAACAUUCUUUGUGCAACUCCAUGGUCUUUCUGGGCCUUACUGUGCUGGUAUAAUUAAAAUAAAAUAUAUUUUGUUCCAUUGGUAGGUUUUUUUAAAAAAUUAGAUGAAUAUAUUAGUCUUUUUCAAUAUCAGUUUGAAUCUUAUUUUCUGUAUGUGUUAAUUUUACAAAUAGGCAAACAACAUAACACUUUGCCCUGGAUUGACUACAUAUUUUUAAACCUUCGAGUCCCUAAUAAAACAUGAGCCAUCUGAGUGAGUCCAUAUGAAGCGAGGUUAGGCUGAAAUAAUUUCUUAAAGAUGUCUUUCAGAGAAAUUAAUUUGGUUGGUGGCCACUUUUAGGUGGAUCAAAAAACCCUUCAGAUCCUCAGAACCCUGAGACAUAAUACAGUGGCGAGGAAUGUGUUAUGACUUGGCUGGCCAAGUUACAUAUUACAGUAUCUUUAUUGAGGUAACUGCAUUAGUGUCUUUGGCCUUUUUUGUAGUUAUAGGUAUUUUUUCUUUUUACACUAAUAACUUUUAUGCCUUUUAAAAUAAGUUAAUUUUCAUAAA